AUGAAAUUAGUAGCACUCAAAGGAUUAGCAUUAGCUUCACAAACUAAGCAGCAAGAAAUUUAUAGAAAAUACAGCUUUCUCACACUUAAAAUAGACAAAAAUAUAGCAAAAUAUCUAGGAUAUGAAAAUCCAGAUUAA